GGUACAAUAGAUCUGUUGUGCUGCCUGCCUGUCGUGUUGGUGGUGGAGGUGGACACACUGCAGCCUGCCUGGAGAUUCCCACUGUUUGGUGGGAUAGAGAAAGCUCUGCCUGAAGUAUUCUGGGACCACGGUCCGAAUGUCCACAGCUGUAAAGGUGUCCGGUCCGUGUGACCGUGUCUUCUGAAGGGGAGUCACGCGGGGGGAGCGGACGUGAAGGUCGAAUACAAAGUGGUUCGCUAUCAGAGGAAUCUACUAGCAUGCUUUUCAGUCUGCUGUCAACGGACGUUACAGGAUGAAACGUCUCAGGUCGUCCAGCAGCAGCGACAGUUCUGACAAUGAGAGCCCUUCAACCUCUUUCUGCUCCUCCAACAAAUAUGACAGCAAAGCUGGAACCCCCGCCUCCAACCCGAAGAAACCGGCUGAAGUGUUCAGAAAAGACCUGAUCAGCGCCAUGAAGAUCCCCGAUUCCCACCACGUGUCCCCAGAGGACUACUACCUGCUGGCUGACACCUGGAAGCAGGAGUGGGAGAAAGGUGUCCAGGUGCCCGCCAGCCCAGACACCAUCCCUGAACCGUCGCUCAGAGUCAUCGCAGAGCAGUCCAAAGACAUGCGUUACAUCCACCAGAAGAAGUACGUCCAGUGUUCGAGUCAGGACACCACGGGGACAGGCUAUGACAACAUCAAGGAGCUGGCAGAGGCCAUGUGUCGCUACGAUCUGGACGAUAUGGACCUGUACUGGCUGCACGCGCUCAACUCUGAGCUGGGCCGCAUGGGGGAGGUGCCCAUAGACGAGCUGACCAUGGAGCGGGCCCUGGAGGCCCUGGAGAGCCAGUGCCACGGCAACAUGAAGCACGCCAUAGAAACGGUGGAGGGCCUGGGCAUCGAGUACGACGAGGACGUGAUUUGCGACGUGUGCCGCUCGCCGGACAGCGAGGAAGGGAACGACAUGGUGUUCUGUGACAAGUGCAACAUCUGCGUGCACCAGGCUUGUUACGGCAUCGUCAAAGUGCCCGUUGGAAACUGGCUCUGCAGGACGUGCGUCCUCAGCAUCGACCCCCAGUGCCUUCUGUGCCCAAAGAAGGGCGGGGCCAUGAAGGCCACGCGCGCCGGCACAAAGUGGGCUCACGUCAGCUGCGCCCUGUGGAUACCUGAGGUGAGCAUCGCCUGUCCGGAGCGCAUGGAGCCCAUCACGAAGGUGUCCCACAUCCCGCCCAGCCGCUGGUCCCUCAUCUGCAGUCUGUGCAAACUGAAGACCGGCGCGUGUAUUCAGUGUUCGGUGAAGAACUGCACCACGCCGUUCCACGUGACCUGCGCCUUCGAGCACAGCCUGGAGAUGAAGACCAUCCUGGACGAGGGGGACGAGGUCAAGUUCAAGUCCUUCUGCCUGAAGCACAGCAAGGUCGGGGAAGCGGGCCUGAGUCCGGGUCGGUCCAAAGCCCCCGGGGAGGGGGGCAAGGUGGGCCAGCGGGCGCAGAGGCUGCAGGAGCUGGAGGAGGAGUUCUACACGCUGAUCCAGCUGGGGGAGCUGGCGCUGGAGCUGGGGCUCUCCGAGCGCCUGAUGGACUUCAUCUAUCAGUACUGGAAGCUGAAGAGGAAGUCCAGCUUCAACAAGCCUCUGCUGCCCCCUAAAGAGGAGGAGGAGAAGCUGAUGCUGCAGCCCCAGGAGGACAGCAUCCACACGCGCAUGCGCAUGUUCAUGCACUUGCGCCAGGAUUUGGAACGGGUGAGGAAUCUGUGCUACAUGGUGAGUCGGCGGGAGAAGCUGAAGCUGCUGCAGAGCAAAGCCCAGGAGCAGAUGUUCAACUUGCACGUGAAGCUACUCAACCAAGAAGUGGCCGUCGGUCUUCCUGCUUCCCUCCCAGUAGAGAACAUGCUGUUCCACCCUCCUCCCAGGAUCACCCUAAAACUGAAGAUGCCCAAAGGUCCGGCUCUGGGGAACGGCAGCCGCGGCUCUAAGCUGGGCAACGGGCCGCUCUGCCCGGACAACAGGGGCAACGUUGAUGAGCACGCCGCCGGGGGGCUCGGCCACGGGAAGCCCCAGCUGCUCGCCCGCUGCAGCAAAGAGGAGCGAUCCAACGGUCGCCUGUCUUCCCCGAGCCUCUCCAGCGGCACGCCGCAGGCCGGCAAGCAUUUGGCUUUGCACACGGCGCACCAUGCCCACGCGUCCAACAGCAACGGCAAACUGGACCAGGACCGGCCCUGCGCCGUCAAGUGCAACGGCGUCUUGGACAAGGUGCUGGCCCAGAAGGACGGCCUCUGUCAGACGGCGGGGAGCCGGGACGCUUCAAAGGAGGAUGUGGAGAAAAGCAGCUUCUGCAAGUCUGCCAUGGAGCAUUUGGGCAGGUCCUUCAAAGAAGCCACUAUUAACUUGGUACGGACCACGGAGGACCUGCGGGUCUCGGACAAACUGUCCCGCAGGAGCUGCGCCAAGGACAAGCAGUGGGUGAAGCCUGUGUUGGAACACAAGGUGAAGAGCAGGCGCUCGCACCACGACAGCGACGGGUACUGCCCCGACCUGGAGCUCAGCGACUCUGAACCGGACGCCAAAGGGAGGCGCGGCCAGCAGGCGGGGCCCCCACAGCCCGGCGCCCCCAGGAAGGGGAAGCAUUCGGGGGCUUCCAGACACUCCGUGCAGAGGUGACGCCCUGAGCCCGUCCUCCCGCUCUAAUUCAGACCCGCCCAGCUGCAGGCCAGCUCUUUGAACGCACAAUCAGGGACCGAGCCCCGGCGCUGACGGCACCACACACCCGACACACACAGGAAGCGGUGUGUCGGGUUCAUGCGACCUUCCACAGCAGGUUCCAUCAUGGCGUUUUUAGUUUGCCUUCAAAACACUUCGACUCCUGCAUCUGUCCCACGUUUGUCCAGUUGGGUUCUGUCUCUGGUUUUGUUUACAGAUCAGCUGCCUUUUGGGUUUAUAGCCUUGUUAGUUUUCAGUGUUUUAAACACUACGUUCAUCACAAUCCAAGAUGUACCUGCAGUAACGGAGAAGCCGACGGUGCGGGGGGGGGGGGCAGAGCAGCCUCUCUCCCGGUGUCGGCCGGUCACGACAGAGCUGAGAUGUGAGAACGAGCUGUGAAACAUCCAUCUCUGCUGUUAGCCGCGCUCCUGUUUAAGUAAUAAACAUAAGUGCUUCAGAA